UGGGCCAUUAAAUUAUUUUAAUUGUUUUAGUUUUGAUUUUUUUUAAAAUUAUUUUUGAUGUAAACGGCCCUGAGCCAUUUUUGGAAGCGCAGUAUAUAAAUCAAAUAAAUUUUAAAAACCAAAAAAUAAAAAUAAAUACUGCCUGACUCCAAAGGCUCCAGGCAGUUCACAAAAACAAAGACAAACAAGAGCAGCUAUUAAAACAGGAACUAAAACAUUUAUUACAUUCAAAUAUUACACUAAUUUAAAAAAUCUAAACAGCAAUUAAAAAUUUAAAACAUUCAGAGAGGACUAAAAGCCUGGCUUAAAAAAUGCAUCUUAAGAGCUCUUUUGAAGCCUGGUAAAGAUGUUAAACUAUGAAUGUUAAACCACAACAUUAAGAAGCUAGCCCAAAAUAAUUGGUGAGCAACCUCCUCAUAUUCAAAUAGAAGCAUUUACUUCAGUUAUUAUCUUCACCAAAUACAAUAAUAUAAAUUAAAAUAUCAAAAACCUUUGAUUUGAGAGUUAGGUACUUACAUUUUUCAUUGUGAUCUAAAAUGUGUGGAAUUUGCAAGUUAAUGGGGUCACCUUUAUUUGUGCACCAUGUAAGCAGUAAAAACUUUGUGCAGUUUCAUGUAUUAUGUGGGCUUUACAAAAUGUACCUACACAUUGCCUUGGUGUUUCAACACAUUGGAGUGGCCUGGGGUGAGAUGGGAUGGGUCUAGGCUGACAUUCCACACAUGCAACUUCCCCAAUCACUUGCUAGGGAUGCACCUGAAGGAUUUCUGCCUGUUGCAGAUCUAUAUGGCAAGGCACUUGCAAGUUCACCCACCGAGAAAUAAAUGACCAAAUCUCUACUAGUUCUAACUUUAAAGGAGCAGUGAGAAUGUUAAUAGGAAGAAGUUGAUUAAUUUUAUUUAUUAUAUUUAUAUCAUGCCUUUCUUCCAUGCUAGAACUCAAAGCAGGUCCCCAGGUGCUCUCCCAUCCAGGCAUUGGAUCACACCUAAAUUUGUUUUGCUUCAGCAAGGUUGCUGCCUCAAUAAUUCCCCAACAGUGUGCCUUGGAAGGCUUCUCUACCUCCUCUUUUGUGUGCAAGAUGAGGAGAGUUCUAUUGCUUUGGGUUUGAACUAAACCUCAGUUCUGCAUUAUGUACAAACACAGGGAACGGGGAGUUCCCUUCAAACCAGGAUCCAGAUCCAGGAUUCAAACCAGGAUCUAAAACCACCAUUUGAUCCUGGUUUGAAUGAAACCACAAUCCCUGAGUUCACAUGGCAUGUGGAACUGCAGUUUAGUUCCCAUUUAAAGUAAAAGCUUUCACAUUCUCUAGCUCACAGAGGAGGAGGAUGCACUUGCACUUCAGACGUUCAUGCAGCCGCCAUCUUGAAUUGGAGUGAAUGACAUCAUCACACACCAUGCCAUAUGGGCAUCCCUAUGUGUCCCUUUCAACGUGUCCCCCUGAGCUUGGGACCAUUUAACACAGCAGCCUUGUGCUGAUUGUCGUAUGUUGUGAUGAUACUAUUCGAUUGGACGUGAAAGGUUGCCAAAUGAUCUAAAAAAUAUACAAAUAGGAAAGUGAUCACUGUCCACACAACGGAUAACCUCGAGUUGGGCUAUCCAACUAAACCCUAUGUGUCCCUAAAGCUGCAGCAAAUAUGGUUCAAAUUGGUUAGGUGGUUCACAAAUUAGCCUACUUGUGCCUCAAAAGUUUACACUUCUGCCAUCUUGGAUUGGGGUGGAUGACAUCAUCACAAACUACUAAUAUAUUUUUAACUUGUUUUAUGCUAUUGUUAACUGCCCAGAGAUGAAAGUUUGGGGCAGUGUACAAAUUUAAUAAUAAUAAUAAUAAUAAUAAUAAUGAUGAUAAAAAGAAAGUAGUACAUCACCUAAAUGGAAGAUUAAAUUAGAAAAUAAAAUCUCCAGGCUUAGAUCAGAUGCUAGUAAAUUGAAAGAUAUGAAAGACAAGAAGCUGAAGAAUGAAAACACCAAACAGUAUCUGAUCCAAAAAUACCACCUAGAUUCAAGGAAAAUUAGAGAAGUCCUGGAAAUAAUAAAGCAGCAAAUAACAGCAGUGUCAAAGAAGAUUAGCAGAUAUGAAGCCAGAACUACACAACACAGGCAAAAUCUCCAAUUCCAGUCAAAUCAGAGACGUUUCUACCAAAGCAUAGAAGGAGAAACUGCAAGAAACAUAGAAACACCAAAUAAAGAAGAAACAGUACAAUUCUGGGGGAAAUUAUGGGACAAUCCAAUAGAUUAUAAUAAAAAAGCAGGCUGGGUGAAAGAGGUCGAAAAAUGUAACCAACAAUGCAAGAUCGAAUAAUAAAACCAGAAUUAAUAAGUGAAAGAGCGAAGAAAAUUAAAAAUUGGACUGCUCCAGGCGAUGAUGAACUGCGUGGCUUUUGGCUUAAACACCUAACAAGCCUUCAUAAACAACUAUCAAAACAGUUCAAUCACAUUUUGCAAGGCGGUGAUGUUGAACAAUGGCUAACAACUGGGAAAACUCAUCUCAUCAUGAAAGACCCAGCAAAAGGUGCAGUUCCAAGUAAUUAUAGACCGAUAACCUGUCUGCCAACCAUGUUCAAAUUAUUAACUGGAAUAAUAGCAGAUGAAAUGAUGCAACACUUAUUAACUAACAAACAGCUUCCAGUUGAACAGAAAGGAAAUUGCCCAAACACCAGAGGCACAAAAGACCAGCUGCUGAUUGAAAAAAUGAUUUUAGAAAAUUGCAAGAGAAGAAAAACCAAUCUAAGUGUUGCAUGGAUUGACUACAAGAAAGCCUUUGAUUCAUUGCCUCACACAUGGAUACUAAAAUGUUUAGAAACAACUGGUGUCAGCAAAAACAUUCAGAUAUUUAUUUUUUUAAAAAAGCCAUGAGCAUGUGGAGUACACAGUUAACAAUCAAUGGUGAGACACUUGGACAGGUUAGCAUUAGAAGAGGUAUUUUCCAAGGGGACUCACUAUCCCCUCUGUUGUUUGUAAUCGCCAUGACCCCACUUUCACAAAUACUCAACAAAACAGGCCUCGGAUACCAAACAUCUAAAACAUCAAGUCAAAUCAACCAUCUGCUGUACAUGGACGAUCUGAAGUUGUAUGGAAAGUCCCAGUCAGAAAUCGAAUCACUGCUAAACACUGUCCGUAUAUUCAGUAGCGAUAUAGCAAUGGAGUUUGGACUAACAAGUGUGCUGCAUUAAUAAUGAACAGAGGGAAAAUAAGAAAAACAGAAGGAAUAGAACUGCCCAAUGAAAGCAAGAUCAAGAACCUGGAAGAGAAAGAACAUUACAAAUACUUGGGCAUUCUCCAGGCUGAUAACAUCGCACACACUGAAGUUAAAAGAAAAACUGGAAGUGAAUACAUCAGGAGAGUUAGAAAAAUCCUCAAGUCCAAACUCAAUGGUGGGAACACCAUACAAGCCAUAAACACCUGGGCUAUACCUAUUAUCAGAUACACUGCAGGAAUAAUAGACUGGACCCAGGCAGAGCUAGAGACGCUAGAUCGUAAGACCAGGAAAAUCAUGACCAUCAAUCAUGCUGUGCACCCCCACAGUGAUGUCGAUGGGCUAUACCUCCCUCGCAGCUCAGGUGGAAGAGGAAUGCUGCAAGUCCAUCAAACAGUAGAGGAGGAGAAAAGAGGCCUUGAAGAAUAUAUCAAGGACAGUGAAGAAGAUGCACUUCAAAUGGUCAAUAAUGCAAAACUAUUCAACACCAAUGAAACGAAACAGGCCUACAAGAAAGAACAAGUCAAGAACCGAGCAGAAAAAUGGAAAAAUAAGCCACUGCAUGGUCAAUAUUUGCACAAUAUAAGUGGAAAAUCAGACAUCACCAAGACCUGGCAAUGGCUUAAGAAUGGCAACUUGAAGAAAGAAACAGAGGGUUUAAUACUGGCGGCGCAAGAACAGGCACUAAGAACAAAUGCAAUAAGAGCAAAAGUCGAAAAAUCAACCACAAACUGCAAGUGCCGCCUUUGUAAAGAAGCAGAUGAAACCGUGGACCACCUAAUCAGCUGUUGUAAAAAGAUCGCACAGACUGACUACAAACAAAGGCAUGACAAAGUAGCAGGGAUGAUACACUGGAACAUCUGCAAAAAAUACAAGCUACCUGUAGCCAAAGAUUGGUGGGACCAUAACAUUGAAAAAGUUCAAGAAAAUGAAGAUGUAAAAAUAUUAUGGGACUUCCGACUACAAACAGACAAACAUCUGCCACACAAUACACCAGAUAUAACUGUAGUCGAGAAGAAAGAAAAACAAGUCAAAAUAAUCAACAUAGCAAUACCAGGGGAUAGCAGAAUAGAAGAAAAAGAAAUAGAAAAAAUCACCAAAUACAAAGAUCUACAAAUUGAAAUUGAAAAACUGUGGCAGAAAAAGACCCAAAUAAUCCCAGUGGUAAUUGGUGCCCUGGGUGCAGUUCCAAAAGACCUUGAAGAGCACCUCAACAACAUAGGGGCCACAGAAAUCACCAUCAGCCAAUUACAAAAAGCAGCUUUACUGGGAACAGCCUAUAUUCUGCGACGAUAUCUAUAACAACAACAACAACAUUGACAAUAAAAUUCUGGCAUCCCAGGUCCUUGGGAAGGACUCGAUGUCUGGAUAAAACAAACCAGUCAAUAACACCUGUCUGACUGUGUAAAAUAAUAAUAACUAAAAUAAUAAUAAUCGAGGUGUCCCUGUGUGUCACCCACUGCAAUUGUACCUAAUUUGGUUUAAAUUAGUUAGGCAGCCCACAAAUGAGCUUGCUUGCACCUCAGAUGUUCAUGCGGCCACCAUCUUGAAUUGGAGUGGAUGGCAUCAUCACACACCACACCCUUUGGGCAUCCCUAUGUGUCCCUACAGCUGUAGCAAAUUUGGUUCAAAUCAGUUAGGCAGUUCACAAGUUAGCCCACUUGUACCUCAAAAGUGUAUGCGUCCGCCAUCUUGGAUUGAGGUGGAUGACAUAAUCACAAACUACGCCGUUGAGGUGUUCCUAUGUGUCCCUACAACUGUACCUGAUUUGGUUCAUAUUGGUCUAGGCGUUGCGAAGUUGAUAGUGGGGGACACACGGACACACACACAGAAUGCUGGGUGAUCUCAUAAGCGUACUGGAAAGUAGGCUAAAAAAAGCACACAACUUCUCUACAUAGACAGUUAGGUGUUAAGGAGAAGGUUGCACUAGAACCCCCUUCCCUGACAUACUAGUUUUCUAUGGAGAGGGAACUUCUUUGCAUAUGGAAUAAUUCAGUCUUGCACAGCAAGUUCCCACCUCCACCAGCAGUCUGAAAUGAUACAGGCUAAACACAGGUUUACCACCUCAGUGAAGACUAGGCCAUAGUUAACCCACUUUGUGUACAGUCAAAAUGCUUCCCAACAGCAGAAAGCAGAUAGAAACUUAGUACCUUAAAAAGAUAUUGGUCUCUCAAUUAUGCUUUUCUUUCUUUGAAUGAAAACACCCCACUCUUUCUCUCUCCCUUGAGCCGUAAAGAUUUAAGCUGAAUUGAAUCAACCUUGCUGCAAGUAGGAUUUCCAAAGCUGUGUUUCUGGAAAAUACAAUUGCUGUCUGACUUAUACCUAUGAAUAUGUAAAGCUUUUUGCUUAUUUAUUAUUUGUCUGCCAUGCAUCUCUAGCUUGCUGCCCAAAUUGGAAAAGGCAGGCAGGCUAGCCUUCUCUGUGAACACAGCAGAGAGUUUUCCACAAGCAUGUAUUAAAAAUGUAAACGUGUGAUUUUUUAGCUGCAUCUACAACCUUUCUGUGUUCCUUUCCCCCCCUAUAUUUUAUCAGAGAGGCUCCUUGGCAAGAUGACUGGAGAUGAAACAGCUGGCUUAAAUGGGGAUUGUGAAUCCUCUGUGGAGAAGGCCUUUGAAAUUAUUUGCAGGAAUUUGCACUGGAAAUCUAAGUAUUGUUAGUUUGGCCAUCUUAAACACAAUGAGAAUGACUGACGAGUGAAUUUAACAAAAGAACCAUAAUGUUCCUUUGACUAGGGGGUAUUUUUCCUGAUGGCACAUGGAUUUCUGAAGCAGUUCCCAAGGCUUCUGAUCCAGAUCGGAGCCAUGGCAUGCAAGGAAAUUUAACCCGUGUAAUCCCAAUCUGGAUAAGGAACCUCCAUGGCUGUAAUUUGUCUUUGGAGGGAAGCAAGCUCUGAUUCUGAUGUAGGAAUCUGGAUUUGCUUCCAAUAUGCUCUUGCAUAUCACGCACACGCACCGGCCACUUCCGGUAUGAUGUAUGCAGCAGCCCUGUGCCAGCGUUUUUGGAGACAGCGCUGGCGGGAGAAACGUGGCCUCCCUGCUCCUUAAAGGUAACCCCCCCACCUCCCAGCAGUGCACGAACCCGUACAUGCACAUCCUUACUGGAUAGCAACAGUAUACAUGCAGUUUCAUGUAGAUGUUCAUUUAGGAAAUCACUUUUGAAAUGGCCUCAUUUGCCCAGUGAACAUGGGCCAGCUAUUAAACAUUAAAUAUAUCCACAAAUUAUAUUUGAAAUAUGGUGUUUCAGAUAUUCUUAUUUGUAAGAAGAGAGAAAAGGCAAAACCUAGAGGUGCAAGAAAAUGUACUAACAAAUUUGUUAUCUAAUUUCCCAAUGCAUUUUGAAUAUCUGUGUUACUUGGGGAAAACUACUCAACUUUGAAUGAGUUUCCCCUCCCCCUUGCCACACUUCUGAUCUGGAUCAGAAAACAAACAUAUACGCAUCACAUCACAUCUGGUUUGUUCCUGUGACACAAAAGGGAAUGUCUCUUCUACAAUAAUGUCUGCUGUGAUAUAUGAUUGCAUUACGUAAAAACCAAGGUUUUCCUUCAGAAUUACUGGUUUUUAUUCAUGUGCAAUUUUAUGCAAAUUUAAUUAAUUUACUAAAAGCUAUAUGAUUAAUUGGCAGAUACUUUUUUAGCUGGGCGACAGCCCUCAUUUUCUCACCAGUUUCCUAUUCCAGUCCAAUCUGUUCUUGCAAGAUUCCUUGCUGGAAACAGUUCUAUAAAAUAAAGCAUAUAUUGGACCUAUAUUAGUAGCGUGCAUUGUAUUACACUAGGAUUACUUUGCUUAUUACUGUCAGAAGAUAAUCCACAUUAUAAACCACAGGGGGAAAUAAGUGCAGCUCUAUGGGCAGCUGUAAUCCAAGCAGUGGUUUACAGACACAGAGCCUUGCCACAAAUCUCCUGGAUUUUACACUGAAAUCUACAAAUGGGCUAAAUAAUCACAAUGUAGCAAUGCAAUUCCCUACUGAGUAUGCAUCUUGUUAUUUAAAGCUCACAUGGCCUUUCAAUGUACUUUACAGGGAAAAUCCACUCACUGAUAUUCCCAAAAAAUAAUUGGAGGAGGGGGGUUGUAGUCAUUUUCACAGUCUUUACAAUUAACUGUACCAUAUAGUAUUGCUGGUGAUCAAAUAAUAUUCCUUAGAAAACCUUUUUAGGAAUGAACAUGGUUUAAAACAUGAGUAUAACUAAAUUGUUGAGGCUGACAGCUGCUGCUCACGUUCCAGUUUCCCUACAUUCAAGUAUACCACCAAGCAUAUUCUACUGUUUGUAUGCUAUCUUCUGUGUAUUGGUAGACUAUACUCCUCCUCCUCCUCCCUCUUAAUCUUUCACUGUCUGUUGCACAAGCCCUCUAAGAGAAUCAUGCAAACUAAUAAAGAAGCACCCAUAGCUUCUAAAAUUACUAUUUUAUUACAUAUGUAUGCACAACAUAAUAAAAUAGUAAUAAAAUAAAUAACAUUCAAAUAUGUAUACAGCAAACUAAUAUGAAAAUGGUAACAUGAAACUAAAAUGAAAACACCAAAUAUCAAUCACCAAAUAUGUGAUGGAACAGACAUAUUUAAAUAAUUUUCUAAAAUUCUUUAAGUAAUUGGGAGGCCCUCUUUAGAGGGGACAUUUCAUAGCUGUGGAAUGCUGUGCUCUGUACUACCAGAAAUUAAAGUUCCUUAAAAGAAAACAUCUAGAGUAGGGUCCACUCUAAAGAUGUAGAUUGUCAUGGUGGUUCUGAUGGGGCAGAGAAGUGUGUAUGUAUGUAAUAUAUAUGUGUUUGUGAGAAAGAGAGAGCAUAUCUAAAAUUUUGCAGUCCCAACUAAGUGAACUGAGCAUAACUUUAUUCUGCAACGUUUGCUCUGGUUUUGCUAGUUAUGGGAGGAGCAAGUUCAUUGAGUCCACUUCUCCAGCUUCUGAAAAUCAAAUUCAUUCAACUUUUAAAAAAGGUUUUUCUCUCUCUUUCAUUUUUAAGGUCACGGUUCUCUCCCACAAUGUGAAGAAAACUAUCGAGUGGGAUGAGGAAGCAUCCAAAAUACUAAUCCUUCCUCCCAUCUGCCAUGCGUUAGUUCUAUAGAUCAUCUUUGUCCUUUUCUUAGUCAUAAUGCUGGUUGCAGUUUUGUUAAUUUUGAUUGUGUGUGAUGCCUGGAAAAGAUUUAUUCUUUAAAAUGAGGAUAUAUAUUUCCAUGUGAAUUGGAAGAUGUUUCUAAUUGUUGGAUGAUUGGGGCUGAUCCUAUGAAAUUUAACAACUGUGUCAUAUGUACAUAUCUAUUACAUUGUUCAAGCUCAAAUGUGUUUUCAAUAAUUAUUAUACAGUUCAUGAUAUGCAUGACUACCCUACAAAAUCUUAAUUUAAUGCAUAUUUUGUCAUCUUAAAGCAAUACCACUGUGAAUAGAAAAGUCAUUUUUUAUCAUGUGUAAUCUUUUAAGAGCUCCAACUUCCAGUGAUGAUGUGAAAAUAAAUUUUCUAUUGAUGCUUGG